AGAAGGAAGAGGAGCUGCCCAGGGCUCCCCGUGAUCCCUCUCCGCCUCCUAGACCCGCCCGCCGCCACCAUGUCCGCCUCGGCCGUCUUCAUUCUCGACGUCAAGGGCAAGCCCCUCAUCAGCCGAAACUACAAAGGCGAUGUGGCCAUGAGCGAGAUCGAGUACUUCAUGCCCCUCCUCAUGCAGCGGGAGGAGGAGGGCGCCCUGUCCCCGCUGCUCAGCCAUGGCCGCGUCCACUUCCUGUGGAUCAAGCAUAGCAACCUCUACUUGGUGGCCACCACGCUGAAGAACUCCAAUGCAUCUCUGGUUUACUCCUUCCUCUACAAGACCGUGGAGGUGUUCUCAGAAUACUUUAAGGAGCUGGAGGAGGAGAGCAUCCGAGACAAUUUUGUCAUUGUCUACGAGCUGCUGGACGAACUCAUGGACUUCGGCUUUCCACAGACCACCGACAGCAAGAUCCUGCAGGAGUACAUCACCCAGCAGGGCAACAAGCUGGAGACGGGCAAGUCCCGAGUGCCCCCCACUGUCACCAACGCGGUGUCCUGGCGCUCCGAGGGCAUUAAGUACAAGAAGAAUGAAGUCUUCAUCGAUGUCAUAGAGUCUGUCAACUUGCUGGUCAAUGCGAAUGGCAGCGUCCUGCUGAGCGAGAUUGUGGGCACCAUCAAGCUCAAGGUGCUUCUGUCUGGAAUGCCAGAGCUGCGGCUCGGCCUCAACGACCGCGUGCUGUUUGAGCUCACUGGCCGCAGCAAGAACAAGUCGGUGGAGCUGGAGGACGUCAAGUUCCACCAGUGUGUGCGGCUCUCCCGCUUCGACAACGACCGUACCAUCUCCUUCAUCCCGCCCGACGGUGACUUCGAGCUCAUGUCUUACCGCCUCAGCACUCAGGUUAAGCCGCUGAUCUGGAUUGAGUCAGUGAUUGAGAAGUUCUCUCACAGUCGAGUAGAGAUCAUGGUCAAGGCCAAGGGGCAGUUUAAGAAGCAGUCGGUGGCCAACAGUGUGGAGAUCUCUGUCCCUGUGCCCAGCGACGCUGACUCCCCGCGCUUCAAGACCAGCGUGGGCAGUGCCAGGUACAUGCCGGAGAAGAACGUGGUCAUCUGGAGUAUAAAGUCCUUCCCGGGGGGUAAGGAAUACCUCAUGCGUGCCCACUUUGGCCUCCCCAGUGUGGAGAAGGAGGAGGUGGAGGGCCGGCCCCCCAUUGGGGUCAAGUUUGAAAUCCCCUAUUUCACCGUCUCUGGAAUCCAGGUCCGGUACAUGAAGAUCAUUGAGAAGAGUGGUUACCAGGCGCUGCCCUGGGUUCGCUACAUCACCCAGAGUGGCGAUUAUCAACUUCGCACCAGUUAG